UGUUCGCGCCUUACACGCGGAGGGACCAUCUGAAAAUUUCUCUUCGAGUCUACCUACACACUUAUCUCAUACGGAAGCCGCGCGUUGCUCGAACGCGCGCGCUCAGGGGCUUUUUCGUUACUGCGUCCCACUUCGGGCAGUCUCCUAAUAUAUAACGGUUCGCUCGCACUGUUCUCCUCUCAAUAGCCUGCAGUGCACGUGAUCUGGUUUGUGCGCGCGACGAUUGUUCAUAUCCAUAAUUCAUUUUCGCGCUGAUGACGCUGAGUGGUGCGCGUGCCUUUUCAAACAGAUAGUCAUCCCGCACUUUUGUUUAAUCCUCUACGUGUCAGCAGAGUAAUUGCGGGGCAAACAUUUGUGGGCCAAGUUUGCGCGCGUUGACGUUGCGUUUGAUCCUCUCGCGUAUAGCGAGCCGCGAGCCGAGAUUUCGCGAGUGAAUCCUGCUGCAUCAGCCUUCAUCACCGAGUGUGUAAUCCUUAUACAUAAAAAAGAUGCGGCUAGCCAGAGCUGUUGCCGUUCUGCUGACGGCGGGCUUCGUCACGCUGCUGCUGGCCGUCGAGCACGCGGAGGGCUGCUCCUGCAUGUACACGCACCCGCAGACGCACUUUUGCUCGUCCGAUUUUGUGAUCGUCAUCAAGGUGAAGGAGCGCAUCCCAAUGGGACAGGACACCGCGUACAAAGUGAAGAUCAACAGGAAGUUCAAGCUGGCGAACGAAAGUUUCAACGACUACCUGUACGACGGGCUGCUGUACGCGCCGAGCAUGGACUCGAUGUGCAGCGUCCAUCUGCAAGUGGCCGAGACCUACGUGGUCGGCGGCCGGAUUUACGAGGGCCGGCCGCGGCUCAGCCUCUGCAACCUCAUGAUGCGCUGGUCCGAAGUUUCCAAGCGCCAGCGCAAGGGAUUCAAGGGACUCUACGCCAAGGGCUGCGUGUGCGACGUCAGCUACACGAGCUUCGCGCGCAAGGGCGAGGCCCUGCACCGGGCGAACGGCACACUCUGCCCGUGGGAGGGCAGCCCCGGGCCCAUGGACUGCCAGGAGAAGCACGGCAUCUGCGUCUCGAACCAAGCCCGCUGCUUCUGGAUGCCCUCGAGACCCUACGACCUCUGCAUCAAGGAGCACUACCAGAACCGCAUGGCUGCGGCGCAUCCUCGGCAGCGCGAGCCGCUCAUGCCCUAAACCUGACCUCUCCAUCGUCACGGGGUAGUGGGUCGUGUUUGAUUUUGUCCGCGGGCUAUCCGGUUUCUAAUUAAAUUUACCUUGCGUCCGUUCGCUCCGCAACUUGCUUCAUUAUAUGAUUAUCGUAUAUAGUUUUACGAAAACUUGGGCGUUCGCCGCCCACACUCUCUGUACCGAUCCUCGCUACUUUUAUUCGUGCGUCAGCCGUCGUCAAUGGAGAAACGCUGAAUCGCGCCGCAAGCGACUGAAUUUUACAAGUUAUGACAGGCUAUUUAUUCACUGUGCAUCGCCAAUCCUACUAACUGCGCCCAUUCGAAUCAUUUUUACUCCUCUCAAAUCGCGACGCUAAUUUAGAGAAGAUAUUUGAUGUAUAGGUCGUGUAGCCCGUGUAGCUCCUAGAUUAUGAUGUAUUUAUUUAUCGCCCAUUGUAUCUAAUACCAUUUUGCGUAUGUGCUCGCUGCACACGUAAUAUAAUUCAUGCAUUUCGAAAAGUUCAAAAUGUCUUUUAAAAUAAAUUUCAUCGAAUAUUGUAUGAUAUUGCUAACGAAAAAUCAAAUUUGGAUAAGUAUUCAGUCUUUGGCAUGAACUACGAUUUUAAGCAUUUAUUUAUGUAAGGCGUCGUAUGGAAAUGUACAUAAUAGUAUUAGCUAAGUGUAGGAGUAUAAGAAAAUUAAAACGUGGAAGUAAGUAUAAAACGGAAGAAUUUAUCAAGAUUCGUCUCGCUUUGGAAGUAUUUUACGCGACGAUGUUUUCUGCAUUCAAUAACAAAAUUCGACCAAUAACUCCGACGCGCGAUCAUUAAAUUGAGGAGAACUCGCGCGGCGACGAUGUUAAAUUUAUGCACCCGUUGUUCUCGAAAAUUUCGACUUGCGCGCGCGAGUGUAUUAUACUUUGCAUGAAAUUACGCGUUUCGAAUUCCAAUGCGACGGGGCCAACUUUGAGCCUUGCGAUUGUCCCCGCGCGAAGCAGAUUCGCGCGCUGAAAUUGAUGAUCGAAUAUGCAGGACGUAAGCUGAUGUGUAAUACACACGAGGUCGAGCAGAAAUUCAGACUCUUUGCGAAUUCAACACAGAAUAAUGACUACCGUUUUAUACUUUCUCAGUGCUCAAGUGCGCAGUAUAGUAUUAUCGUAUUUUCUUAUGGAAUAAAAAAUUAAUCGUUUAAUUAUCUAGCUGUGUAAUAAUUUAUCGGCAAAUUUAAUGUAUAUGCUACUGUAAACUGUAAUGUAAUAUUAAUGAUCAUUGUGUAAUCGCUCCAUUUUCCAUGCAUACGAGUAUUAAAUGUACGCUAUAAACUCUAUUUAUGAUGGUUGGAUCAGUGUGCGUUCGGGUGUGCUCAAUACGUGUCACUAUUAAGCGGCUAGCAUAAGUUACCAUGUUUGGAUAAUAAAACGUAAUUGAAAUCAACUUUCAGAA